CGCACAACACAAUCGCCCUUAUCAAAAAAUUGUUCCACAUCCCGCGAACAAGGGCCAGACCAACACCACCAACCAUCGCGAUUACUAUUUUACGACCCAACCCCAAACGACUAAACCUCCACCUUGUCGUUGACCAUUCGCGAUACCCCAGACUCUUGAUCUCAACUUUGAACAUCAAGAGAACUCAAACAAACCAGCCAAGAUGAGACCCAUCCUUCUUUCGGGCCACGAAAGGGCCCUGACCCAAGUCAAAUUCAACCCCGACGGCGACCUCAUCUUCUCGGUAGCCAAGGAUCAGCACAUCUGCGUCUGGUUCGCACACAAUGGCGAGCGCCUGGGUACCUACCACGGCCACCAGGGUGCCAUCUGGACCGUCGACUGCGACCCGACCAGCACCAUCAUCGCUACUGGUUCCGCCGACAACACCAUCAAGCUGUGGGAGAUCAAGACGGGCCGCUGCCUCCACACCUGGGAGUUCCCCACCGCCGUCAAGAGGGUCGAGUUCAGCCCCGACGGCACUAGGCUGCUCGGUGUUACCGAGAAGCGCAUGGGCCACCUCGGAACCAUCGUCGUCCUCGACGUCAAGCUUGACGUUGACGCAGAGCAGAACCCCGAGAGGGCCAUGACCAUCGUCUGUGACGAGAGCAAGGCCACUGUUGCUGGAUGGAGUUACCUUGCCAAGUAUAUCAUUGCCGGUCACGAGGACGGCUCAGUCUCGCAAUACGACGCCAAGAACGGCGAUCAACUCCACUCAGUUCAGAUCCAUGACAUGGGUAGUGAGAUCAGGGACCUUCAGUGGUCGCAGGACCGCACUUACUUCAUCACGGCCUCCAAGGACAAGACCGCUAAGCUCGUCACUGCCCGGGACCUCGAGGUUCUCAAGACAUACCCCGCGGAUACACCGCUGAAUAGCGCUGUCAUCACCCCCAAGAAGGACUACGUCAUCCUCGGUGGUGGUCAGGCCGCCAUGGACGUUACCACCACCUCUGCUCGCCAGGGUAAAUUCGAGGCUAGGUUCUACCAUAAGAUCUUUGAGGACGAGAUCGGCCGUGUCAGGGGUCACUUCGGUCCUUUGAACUACGUCGCUGCUGAGCCAAACGGCAAGGGUUACGCCUCUGGCGGUGAGGACGGUUACGUCCGUGUACACCAGUUCGACAAGGGCUACUUUGACUUUAUGUACGAGGUUGAGAGGGAAAGGAAGAACAAGAUGGAGCAGGCACAGCAAUAAGCCAUCAAAGAAAAAAAGAAAGAAUAUCAACGAUUUUUUCUCUAUCUUGGGUUUUUGAUCUCCGCGAAUGGUUUUAUAACGGAAGGCAAAAAAUAGGCGCCUGGAGUGGGCGGUCCAGCCCGCAGUUUGUUUCGCUUAUUUUUCUCUUUUUUUUUCAUGGUUUUUCUCGGUCCUUGCUUGUUUUUAUUCAUUUUUUUUCUUGGUUCAUAAGUUUGUUCACCUGAGGGGGCAUCACACAGCGUUUUCUUGGUAAAUAUUUUCCUUUUUUUCUUCUUUUCUCGCAUGGAGGGCAAACGAAGGGGAAAGAUAAAAGAAAAAGGGGCUUUAAUCAACGGGCGUUUUCAUGACCACAAGAGAAAAGAAUGAAAGCCAAAAAGAGUUGCACCACUUUCAAAAAAAAUCACUCAGGAGAACGGUUCGGUAGUGCUAAAUGGCAACAACGACGACGAUGGGAUGCUUCACAAAAGAAAAACAAGAUUUUUCCCAGCUCUCUUACUAUCUCUCGU